CAGAACUCCCUCCCUCUUAGUCGUGGUGCAAGCAGCCAUGUUGCUGUUAUUGGCUUGUUCCGGUAUCAGGGCAGGAUAGACCGCAUUCGGGGCGCAGCUCCUCGCCUUUCUACCCCCCUCCUCCUGCCGCCCGUAACACACACACACACACACGCACACACACCUCCUAAAGAAGAAAGCCCCACUUUGCCCUAUAAUGGAUUCAACAACUUGAUGAUUCCUCCUCCUUCAGUCGGCGCAUCGACAGGACGAGCUGCUGCUGCUAUAUCGCCACACUGCAGUGCAGCACUCGGUGAGCGACCUUAUUCCAAUCACGCAACGCAAGAAAGAGAAAUCGCCGGUAAUUUGCGUGGAUUUGGGAUUAAUUUUUUUUCUUUUUUUCUUUUUUUGCGGGUCGCCCUUUUGGCAGUCAGCGCCACUGCGGUCUGUCGCUGGGUGAUUGAAGCUAACUAGCUAAGCCUUGCCUUGAAAGAGACGUUGAAAUAGCGAUUUUUGGCUAACAGUUAGCCAACGCAACAAACUCUAUUCGGCGUUUCUCACCUGCAAUGUCUCUAUUUUACAAAGUUUUACCUUUCCUGUCUCCUUCCAGGAUUCUUCUGAGUGGGAUAUUUUGACUUUGUCCUGUCAGAGUCGGGAAUAACUUUUGGCCUGAAAGUUUUUGGACCUCGGACCAGUUCUCGAAGCUUAAAGGAAACAUCUGUUGGCACAAGAGGGACGCUGAAACGCCGUCGAUGAGUAUUGUGGAGUUAGCUUUGGAUGAAAACAAAAUUUUUCAUGAAGAAUUAAGUUGCCUUGUCCCCAUUUAGCUCAACCGUUGCUCAACUUUUUCCUUCCAAGCUAGCACAACACGCUAGCUGUCCCACAAACGUACCCAUUUUGCAUACUCCUCAGCUUUCCAUUUAUAAAUGCUUUUUUGGAUCUGAAUGCUUUUAAAGCCAAACUGCAAAGCUGAGGGGGGAAAACAAAAAGCUUUUUCGUAAGGUUGUUGCCCGUUGACAAACAUGGGACACGCAGCAGCUACAAGCUAGUCGCUAGCUCGUAGGCUAACUCUACUAACUAGCCGCUGAUGUGGGAUUCAACUUGUUGAUUCAACGGGGGACAUCUGUUGGAAGUUUCCCUCCACCAUUAGCUACAAGGGGUUUUAAAUGAUCAGCAGACGCUGAUCGAUCGGCCUUUCUUCACGGUUUUCUCCCGAAAUGUCAACAAGGCCCUCACAGGGGCAAGUCAUUGAGAUUUCAACAGCACAGGAGCAGAAGUCUUCAACUGGUCGAUACAGCAUGUCGCGAUGUCCGAACUCGGUGUCCACGGCCACGUCAGACGAACAGCCGCACAUCGGCAACUACCGGUUAUUGAAAACCAUCGGCAAAGGCAACUUCGCCAAGGUCAAACUGGCACGACACGUCCUCACUUCAAAAGAGGUGGCUGUAAAGAUCAUAGAUAAGACGCAGCUCAAUUCCUCCAGUUUGCAAAAGCUCUUCCGGGAGGUGAGAAUCAUGAAGAUGCUGAACCAUCCCAACAUAGUCAAGCUUUUUGAGGUGAUAGAGACAGAGAAGACUUUGUACCUGGUAAUGGAGUACGCCAGCGGAGGAGAGGUCUUUGAUUAUCUGGUGGCCCACGGCAGGAUGAAGGAAAAAGAAGCACGUGCCAAAUUCAGACAGAUUGUGUCAGCAGUGCAGUAUUGUCAUCAGAAAUGUAUAGUUCACAGAGACCUCAAGGCAGAAAACCUGCUGCUGGACGCAGAUAUGAACAUCAAGAUAGCAGAUUUUGGCUUCAGUAAUGAAUUUACGUUGGGGAACAAGCUGGACACUUUCUGUGGCUCCCCGCCCUACGCCGCUCCAGAGCUCUUCCAGGGCAAGAAGUACGACGGGCCCGAAGUGGACGUCUGGAGCCUGGGGGUCAUCCUCUACACGCUGGUCAGCGGCUCACUGCCCUUCGACGGACAAAACCUCAAGGAGUUGAGAGAGCGUGUGCUGCGUGGUAAAUACAGGAUUCCUUUCUACAUGUCCACCGACUGUGAGAACUUGCUGAAGAAGUUCCUGAUCCUAAACCCUUCCAAAAGAGGCAGCCUCGAGCAGCAGAUAAUGAGGGACCGAUGGAUGAAUGUGGGCUACGAAGAGGACGAACUCAAACCCUACAUUGAACCUCUGCCAGAUUACAAAGACCCCAGGAGAACAGAGAAAAUGUUGCGGAUGGGAUAUUCCCAAGAAGAGAUCCAGGAUUCUCUGUUGAACCAGAAGUACAAUGAAGUGAUGGCAACGUUCCUGCUUCUGGACUAUAGGAACUCUGAGCUGGAUGAAUUACCCCUCAAACCAAGGCCAGGAAGUGAUCUAAGCAACAUAAAUGCCCCUUCUCCACCUCACAAGGUACAGCGCAGCGUGUCGUCCAACCCGAAACCUCAGAAUCGCAGAACCACUGACCAGAGCUCCUCCUACUCGAAGAGGGGAGGUCAGUCCGACAACCGCUCUACAGCAGAGGAUUCUGGGAGGAAAGGUUCGUCAGGCAGCUCCACCACCAAGGUGGGGGCCAGCCCUCAGGUCUCAUCGGAUCGUAAAAAGAGCGCCACGCCUUCCACUAAUAGCAUCCUCUCCACCGGUACCAGCCGCAGUCGGAACUCUCCGCUGGCUGAGAGAGCCACGCUUGGCACUGGCAUUCAGAACGGCAAGGACAGCCUAAACACUCCGGGCUCCCGAGCCUCCACUGCCUCAGCCGCCGCCGUCCUCUCCUCCACGUCCUCACGUCCCCGCCACCAAAAGUCCCUGUCCUCCUCCAAUCAUCCAUGCCCCUCUGACCUGCACGCACCUCGGCCCAGUGCCGUGCCUCAACGGCCGCCCGGUGCCUCCCCGUCUGCCCACAACAUCAGCAGCUCGACCGUGUCUGACCGCACCAACUUCCCCAGAGGCGGGGUCAUCCGCAGCACGUUCCACGCGGGCCAGCAGCGCGGCGCCCGCGACCAGCAGGGCUCCGCCUACCCCGGCGGGCCCGCGUCCCCGUCCCUGUCGCACGGCAACAGCCAGGCCCGGCGGGGCCACGGUGCCACGGGGAUUUUCAGCAAGUUCACAUCCAAGUUUGUACGAAAAAAUCUCUCAUUCAGGUUUCCAAGAAGGAGUUCGUAUGAGGGAGAGGGUCGGGAUGAGGGCAGCAGAUCCGUGCUGAGCAGUACUGUAGACAAGUCGGAGAAAACCUCCGGCGGCGUUCUCUCCUCCUCUUCCAACAACGACGAGAACAACUCCUCGCCCGGCUCCGGAAACACCGGUGGCACCGGCACGCCUCCGGCCAACGCCAGCCAGAAGGACGCUGCCAAGCCGCGCUCGCUGCGCUUCACCUGGUCCAUGAAGACCACGUCGUCCAUGGAGCCCACGGAGAUGAUGCGCGAGAUCCGCAAGGUGCUCGACUCCAACAGCUGCGAGUACGAGCUGCGCGAGCGCUACAUGCUGCUGUGCAUGUCGGGCAACCCGGCGCACGACGACUUCGUCCAGUGGGAGAUGGAGGUGUGCAAGCUGCCGCGGCUCUCCCUCAACGGCGUGCGCUUCAAGCGGAUCUCGGGAACGUCCAUGGCCUUCAAGAACAUUGCUUCAAAGAUCGCCAACGAGCUGAAACUGUGAGCGGCGGCGGGCUGAUGCCGGCGGCGGGGGGCGGGAUCACUUUAAAAACAUGAUUGUUGUCUAGACUACAGUCUGAAGCAUAGGGCUGCCGGUUCUGAGACCUGCAGACGGAGAAGAUGGCCGCCAUCUUCUGCUGAGACGUUCCACUCUUCUGCAUGUCUGAUUCUUCUCUGUUUUUUCGUUAGGAGGCACUUUGAUCACUCGGACCACUCCAGUUUUUCCUCCUUGUAUUUAUUCGGUUUCUGCACGGUUCUGCUGUCGGGCGGUUCUGGUGGGGAAAGCGAUCUUUUGAGCCUUAUUUUGCUGGUGAGUUCGGUUCGGGUUCUGCUCCGACUCGUUCUGACAAGCGAACGGACCCUGUCCCCGUCCUGCCGCCUUCGUUUUCUCCCCGCCUUCGGCACAAACACUUCCGAACUCUCACCUUUCUCACUCCGUUUUGGUUUCUCUGCUGCCACCAUCUUUACGUAUGUUUUCUUUUUUUUCUUUUUUUUUUAAAAAGGCUUAUAAUAAAUGACGGGGCGUUAUGGCCGUGCUAAGAAAACAAAAGUAAAAUUACAACAAAGUCGUAGUAUUACCAAAAUUGCCAUAUUAUGAGAACUCGUACAAAAAGUCCAAAUAUUACAAGAUUAAGUCGUAGUAUUACGAAAAAAAGUUGAGAAUUUGUGCAAAAAUAGUCGUAAGAAUUCGCACAUAAAGUUGUAUUACAAGAAUAAAACCGUAGUAUUACGAAAAUAGCCAUUAUGAGAAUUCGUACAAAAAGUUGUAGUAUUAUGAGAAUUAAGUUGUAAUAUUAUGACUUAAUUCUCAAGAGUUCACAUAUUAUUACAACUUUACUUUCAUAAUUACUUUAUUUUCGUAAUAUUAUGAAUUUAUUCUCGUAAUAAUACUUUAUUUUAUUGCAUUACAACUUUUCUUGUGAUAUUUCAGCUUCAUUCUCAAUAUAUUACGACUUUAUUUUUGGAAUUUAAUUUUUUUUCUCAGCAUGGCUCUAAUAAUCCGUCGUCGUAAGAGUUGUGCACUGGAACAAGAUGGGGAGGAUUUUACGUUGCCUUUUGUAGAAGAAUUUAAAUCGGGGGGAGGGGGGUCAUUUCCUCGUCCUCGUCCGAUUUAUUUGUGCCCCUGGAAUCCCUGCUCACCUCUGAUUGGUUGGUUGUUUUCACACCUUCAUCUCCAGAAUGUCAGCCUCUUCCUCUUCCUCCCUCUUGUUGAGCGUCCCAAAGAGCAAACUCACAGGAAGUCGUUUUUGUUUUUUUUUUACUUUUGGAGGAUGAGUGUUAUAGAAGAUCACUGGAAACGACGAGAAAAAAAAAAGAUAGUUGACGACGAAUGGUGAAUUAUUUUCUUCUACCUUUUUUUUUUUUUUUUAUUUGAUAAUAUAUUUUUGUGUCGUUGAAAUUAUUGGGGAUUUGUACAGAUUUGUGCGGGCAGGGGGGGGGGAAUUUGGAUCAUAUCAUUGCUGCCUUUUUGUUUUUGUUUUCGGGUGUACUGCACCUUUAACAGAUUAACACCGACCCUCCCUGGAUUAUUGACCUAUUUAAUGAUGGUGGUGGUGGUGAUGAUGACUACUGCUGGUUUUUUAUUUUUAUUAUUUUUACUCUGUUAAAGAAGGCGUUUUGUUGGUCCAGAAUGGCUUGAAGCAGAUAGAGAAAGUUUACUUUCUCGGAAAAAGAAUAAAAAAACUAAAAAGAAGAAGAACACCCAAGCGGACUCUGGUUUGCGUUUGACGCUUUAGCUUCAGAAAUAAAGUCGGAUCAGUGAGGAGAAGCCUGUUAGUCGAAUCUAACUCAACACUUUUCCUUUCAGCUUUUAAUACGUCAGUUUCUCUAAAAUCAUUGUAUUAAGGUGCUGGGUGUUGGAUUCUAAUUAUUAUUAUUAUUAUUCAGCCAGUUGCUGUUAUAUUAUCUCUUUCAGGGUUGAUUUUUAUUUUGCAUUAUUUUCGUUUUACAUUGCUGUAAUUUACAUUGAUUUUAAAUGUGUUUUGAGGAAAGUGUAACUGUAGUGGUGGGAUUACUUUUUGUUCUUUUUUUUGUUUUCCUCUGGGGAGGGACGAUCAGCUCCUUAAGAAAAUGUAUUUGUUUUUGUUUUUUUGUGCAGACGACAUAAUGAAAAAUUACAAUGAUAGUAAUAAAACAAUGAUAUAAUGAUG